AUGCCUCCUCCGCCAGCCCCGGUGGCUGGCGAUGCGUCCCCAACCCGCCAUUCAAGAGCCACCUCCCCAGCCUCAAGGAAUGCGAAUCGCCUCUCUUUGACGCUACCGAUCGCGGCUCCAUCAAGCGACCCUUCAAGACCAACGCCAACAUCAUACGUCCCGGGGAGUGCGUCAAUUCCUCCGACACCUGUUGAUUCCUCCACCGUUACGAGUCCUGUGAACGCCAAUGAAUUCAUCAUCGCGAUCGCGGCUCAGGAGAGGAGAGUGCUAGAGCUGCGAGAGGAACUACUUCGCGCCGAGUCUGAGCUCUCAACUCUCAAGAAGCAAUGGUCUUCGAAGGAGGUUUACAGCCGCCGGCAUGAGUCGCGUCAAACGGAAACUCCCCGGUCUACGACUACAGCUCCUUUGGAAGUCGAUACUGGUUCAGCCAGGCAGAGUAUCGACCUAGAUCGCAGGAGGCUGCUUCUGCAGCAACCCAACACUCCGACUCAAAAGGGCCGCAGAGUGCUUCGCGGCGGACAUGCUCGCACGCUCUCUCUGCUGUCACCCCCCAAGUCUGACUCCGGUUUCGCGAUACUCGAAGAUCGCAACUAUGAGCCCGUCAGCCUACCUUUACCUCCCAUUGAGCGUCGUGCAGCUCAAUUGACCAACCCCAACCUGGCGAAGCGCGCGUCUUGGCAGCCGCAAAGCCAUCGUCAGCAAUCCAAUGUUCCUGGGCUUGUGGAGGACUUUAGGAUGGGACUCAAAGCCUUUGUCGAAGACAUUCGUCAGAUCACUGUCGGUGAGGAGCCCAUCAGCGGCUCUCCCGCCAACACAGCGGGCCAGCAGCGUCCGAGCAUGACCACGAGCCGGUCGUCGGGAGACCUUGAUACGAUACGUCCUAGCCAACCUGCACGACCAAAGGUGAGCAGCACUUUCGAUAUUCCAGCCGCAGCCGCUGCGAGCACACCGUCAACCCAAAAGGCCAAUGACGGAACUUGCCAAGACAAGCCCAAGGCUGGCAAGAGCAAGCGGUUCUCCUGGACACCGCUGAGCUUCGACUCGGUGGACGAUAGCAGUUGGUCCAAUUGGGACUCACCUGCGUCGGCCAAGUCCACCCGCUGGAGUGGCUCGACCAUCAACAGCGGUGGUGCCGAAGACAUCGAGUCGAUCCCUGAAGCAUCCGAGGAGGUCGAGACUCCAUCCAAGCCAAAAUCAACACCCGGGGACGCCCCUCUCCUGUCGCCGAAACUUGGCGAAAUCCUUCCCAAUAUGGUCAAUAAGUUCACGCCCAGCAAUAUCAAACGCACCGCCAACCACAUCAUGGACGAGUGGGAGAAGUCGUUGAUCGAACCUCAGAUUGCGAGCGACAAGGAAAACAGCUUUUGAGUACUCAUGUCGUCUGACUUUUGAUGUCACUAUCGAGGGCUUGUCCUACCCGUUUCCACGGCUAGCCUUGAUCGAGAGAACUCAAAGCCUCUGAGAUGGCGAUCGCGAUCGCGUCGUGGUAUUAUUGUCGUUGUUUGUCUGUUGGAAAUCCUUGUUUGCGUGGAUAAUGAUUACGACUAAAUGACUGAAAAGAUAUUGAGCUAGUUCUAGUGAGGCAUGUGUCCAUUAGCCACCAAUCAUAUUUAUCACCUGGAAUACUUUCGAUUGAUAACCCCUGUUUGCUAUCUGUUCUCGAAAGCGACAUUCCAUCUCGCUAGGAUGGAGAGCUUGUCUGAUUGUACGGACGUAAUUGAUAAGAUCCACGGUCUUUUGAAACAAGACAUUCGGUGCUGCGGAUACUGUGCUAGUAGCAUUGGGUAUCUAACUUAGUGCGUUAGAACGCUACACACAAACGCCUACUACUUUGAAA